AUGAAUAAUGAUAAUAACCAUCCUUACAAAAAAAUUUUUGACAAUGAAGGGAAAGAUGAAUUUUCUGAAGUAGAAUUUGAGAAUGGUGAUGACGUUGGAACUUCUCAAAAUAGGUUGGACCAAAAUAAAUUUAGAGGAUGGUUAUCGCGUGAACAUUCGAUUACACCUGCUAAUGAAGAGAGUAAUGAUAUUGAAAAUGAAAAAUCAAAGACAGUUAAUGGAAUAAAUCACAAUAUUAACUUAAUGUGGAUAGGGUUUAAAAAGUUUCUUGGAUUCGAUAUAGUUAUCGCAGUUGGAUACUUUGACCCCGGAAAUUGGGCGACCGAUCUAGCAGGUGGAUCUAAUUUCGGAUAUUCGCCUCUUUUCAUAAUUUUAUUAUCAAACAUUUUCGCAAUGUUAUUACAAUGUUUGGCUAUUAAAUUAGGCACAGUCACAGGAAUGGAUCUCGCACAAGCUUGCAGAGUCUUUUUUCCAACAUAUUUAAGAUACUUUUUAUAUAUAUUAUGUGAACUUGCAAUUAUUGCAACAGACUUGGCAGAGGUCAUAGGCAGCGCUAUUGCUUUAAAUAUUCUUUUUAAUAUUCCUUUACCAUUGGGAGUUGCGAUAACUGCAUGUGACGUUAUGAUUAUAUUAUUAAUCUAUCGUGAAAAUAAUUUACAAUCUUCUCGAAUUUUAGAAAUUCUCGUAAUGGUAUUGGUCAGUAUAAUUGGAGCUUGUUUCAUAGUAGAAUUAUUUCUUUCCAAACCGAUUGCAAGUAUUGUAUUCUCAGGAUAUUUACCUAAUUCUGAAUUAUUCACAAAUUCAAGAGAAUUAUUUAUUUCUGUUGGUAUAAUUGGUGCAACUGUUAUGCCACAUAAUCUUUAUUUACAUUCACAUUUAAUCAAAGUUAGAAAAUAUCGUGAAGAAUCAAAAAUAUUGAAUGAUUUAGAUAAUAAUUUAGAAGUUAAUCAAAUUGAAUCUGAUCAAAGGAUAAAUUCUGUCAAGAUGAUGAUCAAAAAAAUAACCAACAGAACUAUAAAAUUAUCUUCUUUAGAUUCUUCUGUAGCAUUAGCAUUCGCUCUAUUUAUAAAUUCUGCGAUAUUAAUUGUUGCAGCAACAAACUUUUAUUACAAGAAUAAUGGUACAUCAGCAAGGGUAGCUGGUUUAUUUGAUGCUCAUAAUUUAUUAACAAAAUAUCUUGGAGGAUCCGCAGGUAUUAUAUUCGCCUUAGCUUUAUUAAUAUCUGGACAAUCUGCGACCCUUACUGCUACAAUAGCAGGACAAGUUGUUAUGGAAGGAUUCCUUGGUUGGGUAAUACCUUCAUGGAUAAGACGAUUACUCACACGUGCUGUUGCUAUUACUCCCGCGAUGUUAAUCGCAAUUAUAAAUGGACAAAAUGGACUAACAGAUAUGUUAGUCGCCAGUCAAGUAGCAUUGUGUGUUCAACUACCAUUCGCUAUGAUACCCUUGGUUUAUUUUACUAGUGUUAAAAAAUGUAUGACUGUUGAUGUUAGAAAUGCUUUUAAUCCUAGGAGUGAAAGGGAUUACGAAAGUGAGGAAGGCAGGGUUGUAUUAUUAACUCCUUUGACAUCUGCUGAAUAUAAUGGUAAUAAAUUACCGCAAACUUCGGUGGAUGAAAAAUAUUUGUUGGAUUUUACGAACCCAGUUUGGUUAAUAAUCAUGUCGAGUGUUAUUUGUUUUAUUAUUGUUUGUUUGGAUAUAUUUUUAUUGUACGCUGCUAUCCAAGGAAAAGCACAAUAG